GAGCGGGUCUAACAGCUUCACAUCACAUCAGACUGUCUCUCUACCCGACAGCGGCUAUUGGGACUGAAGGAGGACUGUCACAGUCUAGAGUCACCCUAGAUCAGCGUCUUUUGAGCCUCGAGGGAGACUGUCACGGCCUAGAGUGUGCCAGAGUGUAUAUCUACCCGACAGCUGCUAUUGGGACUCGGGGGAGACUGUCACGGCCUAGAGAGUACCCGAGUGUAUAUCUACCCGACAACGUCUAUUGGGACUCGGGGGAGACUGUCACGGCCUAGAGAGUACCCGAGUGGAAAUCCACCCGUCAGCAUAUUUUGAGCCUCGAGGGAGACUGUCAAAGUCUGGAGAUAGAAUGGAGUACGGGUUGCAUUGUGAGUCUGUCUCCUGCUCUAAGGGGUUGAUCGUCCUGUUGCUGAUGCUCAUGCACGGAGGGUCGAGGGCAACAAGAGAAGAAUUCAUUCAAGCACUUCUAAUCGACUAUGAUAGUAGAAUACAGCCGAAUUUUGAAAACGAUUCCUACACGGAUGUCAAUGUUAGUCUCUUCAUCAACAGUGUGGACUCCAUCAGUGAGCAGACUAUGGAUCUGAAGCUGAACAUGUUCAUACAACAGGAGUGGAUAGACGAACGUCUACAAUUCUACGGUCUCAUCGACUCCGCCUUCCUCGAGCUCGACUCCAAACUAAUUGAUCUGAUUUGGGUCCCCGACCUCUACGUCACCAACGAGAAAAGCGCGUCAUUCCACGACGUCACAGUACCCAACAAAAUGCUCCAUCUAUACGAGAACGGUCGCAUUGUGUAUCGACUGCGAGCGUCUAUUACAGCCGCGUGUCCGAUGAAACUUCACAAAUAUCCACUCGACUCACAAGUCUGCGCCCUUUACAUACAGAGCUUUGCAUUUACCAGAAACAACCUUCGAUUCCGAUGGCGAAAGGUCAAUCCCAUUCAAACUAAUGAAAAUAUGGAACUACCUCAAUUCGAACUCCGUGAACAUCACGUUUCAGAAUGUUUGAGUUUCGGAGGUGAUACUGAAGGUAACUUCACGUGCAUUCAGCUGCAGAUGAGUUUCAACCGGAACAUCGGCUACUUCGUAAUACAGGUGUACAUACCAACCAUCCUUAUCGUGCUGCUCUCAUGGGUGUCCUUCUGGCUCAGCAUAGACGCGGUCCCAGCUCGAAUCUCACUAGGAAUUCUUACAGUUCUCACACUGACCAAUCAAAGGACAAACAUGGCGUCAUCCGUGCCCCAGGUGUCGUAUAUCAAGGCACUGGACGUGUGGAUGGCUGUUUGUCUAGGGUUUGUCUUUGCCGCCAUGUUGGAAUACGCCCUAGUAAAUGUUAUGGAGCGGAAGGACGUACAGAAAAGUGACAGCUUUGAUCCCGAUUUAUCCAAGGUGAAAGUUCAAAAACGAGGAGAACAAAUAGACCGUAUCUCCCGCCUUGCCUUCCCGCUGGUGUUCCUCGGCUUCUGUGCUUUAUACUGGAUUGUUUACACGGUGUAGAGACAGUAUUACCUACCCGUAAUGUACUGGGUUGUUUAAAUGGUGUAGAGACAGUAUUACCUACCCGUAAUGUGCUGGGUUGUUUACACGGUGUAGAGACGGUAUUACCUACCCGUAAUGUACUGGGUUGUUUAAAUGGUGUAGAGACAAUAUUACCUACCCGUAAUGU